AUGCGCAUCUUUACUGCAGGGCUAUUGCUCUGGCCUCUUUCCCUCGUGUCCGCCUUUCCCGGCGCAGGAGUCGGCGCUGGCGUUAACGCCCACUCCGGACACCAGGCUUUGCACAAGCGUUGCCCAUUUGUCGAUGUCGAUGCCGCCGCUGCUGCCGCUGCUGCGGAUGAUGAGUACUUUACAACGGUCCCAGAAGCCAAAAUCCACAGCAGGAGCCAUGACGAAAAUUUGCUCGACAAGCGGUUCCUGUUCAGCUUGAUGAAGAAACCCGUUGAUGUCAGUGGCGUCCAUGCAUUCCAACCCCCCAACUUUGAGGCCGGCGACCAGCGUGGUCCAUGCCCUGGUCUUAAUGCGCUCGCAAACCACGGAUAUAUUCCCCGCAAGGGUGUUGUCUCGUUUGCGAAAGUGAUUGCAGCAAUCAACAAAGUGUAUGGCAUGGGCAUCGAUCUGGCCACCAUUCUCGCACUCAUGGGUACCGUCUGGACCGGAGACGCAAUCUCCCUCGAUCCCAGCUUCUCCAUCGGUGGCCGCGACACUGGUGUCAACAACCUGUUGAACAAUCUCGGAGGAGUUUUGGGCGAGCCCCAGGGACUGAUUGGCUCCCACAAUUUCAUCGAAUCCGACUCCUCCAACACCCGUGAUGACCUCUACGUCACCGGCAACAGCUGGACCAUGAACAUGGACAAGUUCAUGUCCUGGUACAACAUGUCCGAGGACGGCACUUUCGACAUGGACCUCAUGGCCAAGCGUGCCAGUAUCCGUUUCCAGCAGACCGAGUUCACUAACCCAGACUUCUACUACGGACCCGUGACUGGUCUCAUUGCCCGUAAUGCUGGUUAUAUUUUCCCCGGUCGUCUGUUCCGCAACCACUCUAGCGAGAAUCCUGAAGGUGUUCUGACCAAGGAGAUCGUGAGGAGCUUCUACGGAGUCUAUGGCGAGGAAGGCAAUUUGACCUACCGUGAAGGAUGGGAGAGAAUUCCUGAGAACUGGUACAAGACUCCUGUCGACUAUGGACUCAUCCAGCUUAACCUCGAUACUAUUGACUUUAUCUCGAAGUAUCCUCAGCUUGGAAGCAUCGGAGGAAACACGGGCGAGGUCAACAGCUUUGCCGGACUUGACCUCGGUGAUGUGACGGGUGGUGUUUUGAACUCGGGUGACCUGCUCAAGGAUAACAACUUGCUGUGCUUCGUCACCGAAGUGUUGAAAUUCGCCAGUCCCAACGCGCUUAGCGGGAUCUACUCAACCCUGGCUAAGCCGCUGGAAUUCGUGACCAACAUCCUGAAGGCGCCUCUGCUCGACCUCGCCUGCCCUGCAUUCAAGGAUCUUCAGCAGGGAGGCAAGCCAAUCUGGGAGGCGCUCAAGGACGACUUCCCCGGUGCUGCGAAGAGUGGCCGUAUCUUCUAG